AUGGAGACCCCCAACGCACAGGAGGCCGAAGGGCAAGAAACCAGAGCAGCUGCAGGAUGGGCUACUGGGUCUGCAAACAUGAGGAAGAAAAAGACCUCCCAAAAGAAGCAGCGUGGCCAACCUUCAUCCCCAUCCCGCGGGAACAUCGUGGGCUGCAGAAUUUCACAUGGAUGGAAGGAAGGUGAUGAGCCCAUCACCCAGUGGAAAGGAAUUAUUCUGGAUCAGGUGCCUAUAAAUCCCUCUCUUUAUCUGGUGAAAUAUGAUGGAAUUGACUGCGUCUAUGGACUGGAACUUCUCAGAGAUGAAAGAGUUUUGUCUCUUAAAAUUCUUUCCGACGGGGUGGUAUCAUCUCAAGUCAGUGAUCCCAACUUUGCAAACACCAUAAUUGGUAAAGCUGUGGGACAUAUGUUUGAGGGUGAGCAUGGUUCUAAGGAUGAAUGGAGGGGGUUGGUCUUAGCCCAAGUACCUAUCAUGAAAGCCUGGUUUUAUAUUACCUAUGAGAAAGAUCCUGUCCUGUACAUGUACCAGCUUCUAGAUGAUUAUAAAGAAGGAGACCUCCGUAUCAUGCCAGAGUCCAGUGAGUCUUCUCCAGCAGAGAGGGAGCCAGGAGGAGUUGUAGAUGGCCUGAUAGGUAAACAUGUGGAAUAUACUGAACAAAAUGGCUCCAUACGGAUUGGCAAGAUCAUUCAUCAAGUGGAAGCCAAACCCUCUGUGUAUUUCAUCAAGUUUAAUGAUGAUUUCCAUAUCUAUGUCUAUAAUUUAGUGCAAGAGUCCUGUUAA